AUGAUAAUUGAUGGAGAAAAGUAUGCUUGCGAGGCCUGCGUUCGCGGCCACCGCGUGAGCAAUUGUCAACAUUCUGACCGUCCACUUCAACAUAUCAACAAGAAGGGUCGACCGGUUUCCCAAUGCGCCCACUGCCGCGCCAUGCGAAAGUCGCGCUCUGCUCACGUCAAAUGCGACUGCGGCGAGAAGACAAGCAAAUGUGCGCAUUUGCAGCCAACUGUUGAGGGGCACACUGAAACAUGUUGUUGCAACCAUGGUGGACACUGCAGUUGCUCCCACAAGACCGAGCCUGUCCUUGACACCGUCCCGGAGUCUGACUCGGAGCGCGAGUCUCUGACUCUAAGCAUUACUGGCCGUCCAAAGCCUCCUGGUCGAAGACGAAGAGCCAACACAGUUCACUCAGACGGUGUUCUGAGCUUCGACGAGCAUGGAAAUCACAAGCCUGCUCACCGAAACAACCGCGUUUCUCAAAAGUGUGGCCCUUACCAGCUUAACAGAGUGAAUUCAGCUCAUAGCACCAGCAGCUUGGGCGCCGAUAGCAUGUUGCAGAAGAGCUCGCGGGAGCCUCCCAGCAGCCGUGCCCGCGCUGCUGCCAACCGGGAACGACGAGUCAAGUCGGAAACCGCUUCGCCCCUCAUGAAUGGAGCUAGCAGCUUUCAGAAUUUAAACGCCAAUCUGCCUCCCCUGGAUCUGUCCAGCAUCGAGUAUCCUCGCUACAUGGCUAACAGCACAUUUGACUUGUUCGGUUCUGGCUUCAACUCGGAGACAGACGCCCCUAUGUAUAGCGCAGGUCUUAGCGCGGCUUCAGUCGAUUGGAGUCACUACGAUCUUUCUGAAAUGAAGGGUGAUAGCUUCACACCAUCAAGCUACAGCCAGGCCGGCACCCAAAGCUUCAACGGUCUCUUCGAUUUCGGCAGCGGCUCAGAACAUCUGCCCCAUUUAGCCAACACCACCUCAACCUCGGGUGAGGUCUCUGAAGUGGAGGACUUCCUGCCUGGAGGAGACGGCGAUUAUGACGGCCUAGAGGGGUUCAGCCGCGGCGACAGCUUCAUCCGCCAGAACGGCAACGUGAUGGCUAACUCGGCCGACCUCACCACCAUUGACUAUGACAACUUCUAUAAGGGAGCAGACAGUGGCCCUAUGGCUGGAGCAGGCCUAUCAAUGGUUGAGGACGACCCUGCAUUCUGGAUGCCCAACUACAACGAGGGCAUCACGACAAUGGACGAAAGUCCUGACCCUCUCGGCCCAGCUUCUAUGCCCAGCUUUUGGGGCAUGUGA